GUGGUCGUCGUCGUCGGUUUGUAUGAAUGUAAGAUGUAAAGUUUAUAAACUAGAAACUCUCGAAGUGUGUAAGAUGGCUUUGAAUGAAGUUAAUUAGACGAUUUUGAUAUAUUAGAAAGAAAAACAUUUUACCCCUGCGUUCGGUUGUGUGGUGUUUAUUCGAGUGAAUUGGAUGCAAUAAAUCAGCAAUAAAUAUGAUGCAACCAGCUGCAGCUUAAGUGCUUUCGAAUUUUGAAUGGAACAAUCGUUAUCAUGAGCUCAUCAUCAUAGCGUCAACCGACGUACUUAAUCUAAUAUGGCUACAACCGGUGGAAGCAACUCAAACGGUUUGACUCGGUCAAAUGUGUCCGUGACCAACAUCAACUGUGACACAAUUGCAUCGGCCGGAUCGCAACAUGCGACCGCCCCAGUCGGCCAAUCAAAUAAUAAUUAUUUCAACAAUGCCGGCGGAAUUCGAAUAUGUGUGCCAAAAAUGGAAAACGAAUCGGACGAAUCAGAGACUGAACUAACGAAUAUCGAACAAACAGCCAAGGUGAAUCUGCGCAUGAACGAAACGAAUGCACAGGGUCCGAGACCGAUGUCAUGGGAAGGUGAAUUGUCCGAAGUCGAGGAAAGUCUGGACAACGAAAAUGGUGCCAAUGUGGAAACGAUACACGCCGUUUCGUUUGCGAAUACGAUUAGUGGUAAUCAUACUAGUGCAACGCCGCCGAAUAACAUACCCGUAAUAUCGGUGAAUUCCAAGAAUUCGAAUAUUAAGCGGGAAAAUGAGCCACAAGUUCCUAAUGCUUUGUUCGCUUCCAAUAAGAAACUAAUUCCGGAUCUGGCCAAUAUAAAAUUCGAAUCGGGCCUGUCCGAUCUGAAUGUUGUGAUGAAUUCGCCGUUAUUGGCCCGAUCGAAAAGCAAUCUGAUUCCGGCGAAUCCGAGUCCCGAUUCAGCAAUUCAUUCGAUUUAUACGCACAGUUCGCCCGGACAAUCACCGUUGACGGCCCGGCACGCAUCGUACACACCCUCACUGAGCCGAAACAAUAGUGACGCAUCGCACAGCAGUUGCUAUUCGUACAGCUCGGAAUUCAGUCCGACACAUUCACCGAUUCAAGGACGGCAUCAAAUCUACAGUAACGGAUUCAAUGGUUCACCGCUACACCAUUCCGUUCUGUAUCGACCGAUAAUCGACAGUGAAAAUGGGGCUCGGGCAAUGGCCCAAGAAGACAAUAUUUUAGAGAACGAAUCAAUUCCAUCGCCGGGAAUUUCGAGACAGCAAUUGAUCAAUAGUCCGUGCCCAAUUUGUGGUGACAAAAUAUCCGGCUUCCAUUACGGAAUAUUUUCAUGUGAAUCGUGCAAGGGAUUCUUCAAGCGUACGGUGCAAAAUCGAAAAAAUUACGUAUGUCUCCGCGGAGCUGCGUGUCCCGUCACAAUAUCAACGCGUAAAAAGUGUCCCGCCUGUCGCUUCGAGAAAUGUCUGCAGCGUGGUAUGAAACUGGAAGCGAUACGUGAAGAUCGGACACGAGGUGGCCGAUCAACAUAUCAGUGUUCGUACACAUUUCCGAAUUUGCCGCCAGUGACCAAUUCCGAGUCUACGAAUUAUUCGGCAACGAGCAGUCGCAUGACGAAUGAGACAUCGUUUAAGACUGAGAGUGUCGAUAGUAAAGUGUAUCAGAAUCAACGGGUGGUGCCAACGUUAUUGCAGGAAAUAAUGGAUGUUGAACACCUGUGGCAUUUCACCGAGAGCGAACUAAAUCGUUUGAAUCAAGCGCCAUCAUCAACGCCCAGUGGUAAUUUAGCAGCGAAUCCAUUAUUAGCUAGUGCCGGUCUUGCGAAUGGUGACAAUUCCAAUCCCGACCUGAUAGCGAAUUUGUGCAAUGUGGCCGAUCACCGUCUGUACAAAAUUGUGAAAUGGUGCAAAAGCCUGCCGUUAUUCAAGCACAUCUCGAUUGAUGACCAGAUAAGUUUACUGAUCAAUUCGUGGUGUGAACUGUUGCUGUUUUCGUGUUGUUUUCGUUCGGUGUCAACGCCCGGCGAAGUGCUUAUCUCGUUGGGCAAAUCAAUAAAUUUGGAUCAGGCGAAAACAAAUGGAUUGCAGGCGUGCAUCGAACGAAUGUUAAACCUAACCGAUCAUUUGCGACGGCUGAGAGUUGACAAAUACGAGUACAUUGCAAUGAAAGUGAUAGUUCUGCUGCAAUCUGACACAUCUGAUUUACGGGAACCGGAAAAGGUAUGUGCCAGCCAAGAGAAAGCUUUACAAGCGCUACAACAGUACACAUUAUCACACUAUCCGGAAUCGCCAUCGAAAUUUGGUGAACUGCUACUACGCAUUCCUGAACUGCAGCGAACUUGCCAGGUUGGAAAAGAAAUGCUGACCAUAAAAUCUCAAGAUGGUGAAGACUUUAAUCUGCUAAUGGAACUUCUACGCGGUGAACACUGACACAAGCAGCGAUCGCACACAUACACCUAAGCGUAAGGUCGAAAUUUGUAUUUUUUUAUACUUUAACAAGCAACGGAAGAAGAAGAUAAAAAAUAAUUAUUUCAAAUAGGAAAUAGAUUUAUGCGUUAGCCUUAAAAGUACUGAAUAGAUUGCAAUAUUAGAUUUUUGUUGGUUAAUACAAAAUGUGAAGGAGAAGAAAAAGAAGAAGUGAAGUGAAAGGGUAAGUGGAAGUUUAUAAUUUAUACAUAAAUAUAUGUAAACGGCAGUGUGGUGGAUCUGUCCAGCUUUUAUUUUAUCAGUUCCCAAUGAAUUUUAUUUAUAUGAAAGAAAGAAGAGAGAAAUUAGAAUCGCAUAUAGGCUAAGGACCUAUAUUGUUGUAGCAUUUAAUGGAAGGGCAACAUAGUUGCACGCAAUCAAUCUGAUUACAAUUUUUUUCUUUUUUACGCUAGCGACUCGGACUAGCACUAAAAACACUGGAAUAUCCUUCGUUUAUUUACAAUACAAUUUUUUUAGUCGUUUAGUGAUAUUUUUCGUUUAAUGUAAAUAAGAAAAUAUUUUUGUUUUUAAGUAGAGUCGCAUUCCAACAUAUUUUUUGCAUGGAAAUCAAAACCGAUGGCGUUGUUUCGCCGCUUUUUCCCAAAAUCCAGUGACCACUUCUGACGUCACUUCUUUGAAUGGAAAGUAUUUUCGUUUUGUUACGCAAAUGAAUCUGUUCGGUUUCUGGUUCGGUGUAGAGUUUGCCAAUUUCUGCAGCAAGAAUUUGUUGUCUGUAUGUAAUACUUUUACUUGCUCCGAUCAUUUCGCUUAGGUCAAACUAAUUUCACUCAGGUCAAUCUGAUUUCAUUCAAGUCAACCUGAUUUCGCUCAGGUUAACCUAAUUUCGUUGAGAUUUAUCUGAAUCUGAUCCUGAACCGGAAUGUAAGAUUUUCGGUGGUUUCAGAUUGUGACGAUGACUUGGACAGGUUCAUUCAAGUAGAGUCUCAACCUGACUCGAGUUUGGGAUUUUUCAUUUCAAGGACACGCUAGUUCCGAGCAAGACUCAUUACAUAUCAAGACGUUGAAUGAAAAUACUUGGAACUUCUUUUAAGGAUUUUUUGAGUGAUUUUGUUUUCGAGUCGAUAACUUCCAAGCCUGGCUAACAAGCAUCCGCUAUACCUUAAAUAACUUCCAAGGUUUUGAUGAUAGUAUUAAGUGGAGAGUCUUGUCUGAUACUUUACUGUCUAGAAGUCAAUAAGAAUAUGUCAUCAACGGCGAUGCUCAGUUAAUGCAUUCAAAGUCUUGUUGACAGAAAGUUAGGUCAAAGAAGCCAAAAAGAAAAGUUUCUUUUCAGUUACUCAUUUUCGUUGAUCAUACUCGCUCCUAAAUCAAUUGAACUCACUGAAUCACUAGAAAUUCCUGGCCCAUUCGAGCGCUGAACUUGUCUGAGGACUAUUAAAUCGUUUUUAACAUGUAGCGACUCUUACAUACCUAUUAGAACAUUCGGUCGUUGGAUUCAUAGUUUACAAAAAUUAAAAUUGAAAAUUUAGAAACCAUGGAAAGGGGAUGGCAUAUUAAAACCAACUGUCCAAGUCACAAUUUUUUUAUAGCUUGAGCUUUGUCCCAGCUGCAUUUAUUUGGUCAGGGAAUGUUUUCUUAUAGAAAUAUCUACAAGUGCGAUCAACAUCUUUUUCUUAUGAUCGAAUCAGCGGUGUAUAAACCAUUUGUAUAUCCGCUUUUUACUUAUAUGUACUUCAAGAUUACCCAUCAUAAAUACAUACAUACAACCACAGUUCUUGUGCUACUUGCGCGAACCAUUUAAAAAAAACCAUUACAGACCGUCCUCGAGACCGGCUUGUCGGUGGCUUUCAUAGAAAUUUUUAACAGACGGCUGUACUAAUGUUUGCAAAAUUCACAAAAGAUCCUCCAAUUUUGACUUAAAAAAAUUCUACGUUCGUGGCUAGUAGCUCAGGCGCUGUGGCACAACAUAUUCACUCUAAGGGACGUCUGCAUUUUUGAAUUUCCUUUGCUGAGAAAACGAAAUCGAAAAAUUCUAAAGAUUCCUUCGAUUGACGUAAGAGUGACUAAAAAGCUUGCAAUUUUCUGAGCUCGUGCAACAGAGAUAUAAUUCAAAUAUCCGGACGUCUGCAUACUAGUUUACUGUGCCUUGUAGUACUUACUAAUAAUUUAUUUUUAAAAGGAAAACAAUUUUUAGAAAUAGACAACAGUUUCGGUACUACAACAAUUACAAUUUAAGAACAUUUUUCUGUUCAAAAUACUUGAGACUGUGCGCAGUAAAAACUAGCGCAAAAAUUGAAUCUACGCAAGCCUUCGACCACAAAAUCUAUUCCCAAUUCACAAAGAUUAUUGCAGAUAUCUUCCAUUUCAUUUACAAGUCAUCCUCAACUUAGGAAUUGAACUUUCGAAGGACUUACACACUAUGUUAUCAUCUUCGUUUGCAUUAAAUCCGUUUCAGUAUUUCCGGAGGAAUAUCGAUUCCGUUUCGCUAUCUGAUUCUGAUACUAAACACUAAACUUUAGACCAUCAUUAUUGACAAAAAUUCUGAUCGAGAAUGGAUGCGUUGCGUAUGUAUACCAUGGGUUUCUAUGCGUUUUCAUGUAAACUUGAUGGCAUUGCGCGACUCAGAAACAUUUUUUUUAAAUCAAUUAUGAUGUCCUAGCUAGAGUACUGUUGUAGGACAAGUCUGCAUGGUCUUAUGUACCGUGCCCACUCAUCCUAAUGCAACUUCCACAUUUAUAAAACAGCGCGCAGAGUAUACGCAGAGUAUAUGAGUUUUGAUGCGUAACUGGAAUGGAAUGUGGCUUAGGUUGGGUUAUUGAUAAUAAAUCGUUGUUGACCACCAUGCGGCUUUCCAAAAAUCAUAGUAAGAAAUAACGAAAAGAAUAUUUGAAAUUAUAGUGGCCAAUCUUCUAAGAUGGAAUCAUCUUCUGUUCAUAAGUUCUGGUAACCCUACGGGAAGACGAGGACAUUCAAAAUUUAAUCUUUUGUUUGGAAAGAGAGAAAAGGAUCGGUGAAAAAUAGUGAAAAAGCUGACGUGAUUUCUAAAUCUAUACAGCAGCCAGGCGUCAGACCUUUUUGUUGUUGUCUCUAUCUGCAACAACGACCUCAUCUGCAAGAAGGCCUGCAUACGUUUAAAAUUUGAAGUUUUUAUUGCGCAUACAAAAACCAAGUAAUUUAAUCAGACCCUAUCUUCAAUAAAUAAAAAUUAAAAGAGUGAACUCUCGACUGAAUAAAAUUGAGCUAAAAAGAAGGAAAGUAAGUGAAGAUCUUUUCUAAAAUUUAAAAAAAAAUUAGAAAGUAAAAAACAUGUAGCAAGUAUUUUAGCGUAAACAGUGAACAUAAUAAAAACACAGGUGGCAUUUUUGCAUUAUAAUAGAAACUCAGUAACAUUUAUCGUACUUAAAACAUUGUAAAAACAAUCAUGCAGAAAAACGUGAAAAUAGUAGCGGGAUGUGUCCGUAAUGUAAGCAGAGAAAUGAUUCACAGAAUGUAAUUUCUAUUUAUCUGAUUAAGACUCCCUCAAUCGAAACAGCCAUACAAUUUGCGAAUUCUGAUCAUCGUAUAACUUUCACAUUAUUUUUUGUGCUUACUCGAAAACGUAGACUUUUGCCAAAAAAUUAGUAAAUUCUGAGAUUAAAAUUUCCGAAGGGUAAUUACAGUGACAAGUCGCAGGCAUGUUCAAGGUUGUAUAUGAGGAGAUAACACCGAUUGCCGUUAUUUUACUGGUCGCAAAAAACAUGGCGGCUGUCGAUAACUCAGACUGCAAUUCAAUUGAACUGAAAUUGUGCUACAUUUUUGUAUGUAAAUUACGGCAAAGUUCAGUGGUUUUUUUGCGAUUUCACAGCAAUUGGCGUGACCUCAUCAUGUACAACCUUGGAUAUGUUGGUCAUAGUUAUAGCUAUAGAAACCAGAGAAAAGAUGGCACUGCAAUAGAAAGCGCAUAUGUCAUUAACAUGAGCGAGCUGUUUCUAUUCUAAAAACUCAGCCUAACUUAACGCCUAACUGUACUUUCAUAGACGCAAAGGACACCUAGUCCAACUUUCUUUUGUUAUUUUAAUGCAGAACCAAAGGAAUUGAAUUAGGCUUUUGUUGCUUCGUUAUCUCCUUUGAGUUCGACGGACUUUGACCGGAUAGGAGUAAAGGGGUCAGAUAUUUUGAGAUCCGUGCACCUUAUGAGCGGUAUUACUGUCUCAAUGGGCUGAAUAAUCGUGACAUGUGCACAUUUCAUAGAAACUCUUCACAAUUUGGUAAAAACUCAAAUUGUUGAUGAGGUUCUUCUAUUAUUUACAGUAUGAAAACACUGAAUGGCCAUGACUGCACUUUUCUUCUGAACAGAUUAUUUUUAAGAUUACAUUGUCCGCUUCAGUUAAAUUUAAAGUUAUUUAAGGAAAAUGAUUUAGCGAUGUCAUAGACUCUACGUAUUCUCCUAAGUUCGGCAUUUCACUUUAUGGUGUCGCUGUACGGAGAAUUUUUUUAUGUUUUUCCUUUGUAAAUCUUGCUAU